AUUCUUUGUAACAGUAUAUAGGAAUAUUAAGAGGGGGCUACAGAGAGAUGCCAAAGUAAACUUUCUUUUUCGCCAUCAAAAAACCCCACAUGAACGCACAGUUUAUUAUUUUCAAUUUCAUGUGAACAAAUUAAAGCUUCAAUUUUCAUGUCUAUGUCCAUUGAAGAACAUGAUUACAUAGGGUUGUCAGAGGCAAACAUGGAGAAAAAAGCCUGCGAUAUAACCGAUAAUAAAGAUUUGAAUUUAAAGGCCACUGAAUUGAGACUUGGGUUGCCUGGUUCGGAGUCGCCGGAAAGAGAGGCUGUUAACGGAGGUCCAAUCAAGAAUUUGGUGGCCGGAGCUAAAAGGGGUUUCUCUGAUACCAUUAAUGGUGGUUCUGGGAAAUGGGUUUUCGCUGGUAAUGGUGGAUCUGAGGUUGAUUUGGUUAAAAAUGGCGGAUUGUUUUCUUGUUCGAAAGUUGAAAACAAGAACUCCGGUUGUGUAAAAGAGACUGCUGUUUUGGCUUCUCCGAAGCCUGUUUUACUUGAAAACAAGUCUCAAGUUUCUGUAAAUGCAAAUGUUCCUGCUCCAAAGCAACAAGUUGUAGGAUGGCCUCCAAUUAGAUCCUUUCGUAAGAACACCAUGGCUGUUAACCAAACAAAGAACCAAGAAGAUAAGGAUCCAAAAAUGGGAUCGGGUUGUCUUUAUGUGAAGGUGAGCAUGGAUGGAGCUCCAUAUUUGAGGAAAGUAGAUCUCCAGAUGUACUCUAGCUACUUGGAUCUUUCUUCGGCUCUUGAAAAAAUGUUUAGCUGCUUUACAAUUGGUCAAUAUGGUAGCCAUGGAGCUCACACAAGAGACGGAUUAAGUGAGAGUCGACUAAUGGACCUACUUCAUGGUUCUGAGUAUGUAUUGACCUAUGAAGAUAAAGAUGGCGAUUGGAUGCUCGUAGGUGAUGUUCCAUGGGAUAUGUUCAUUGGCUCUUGUAAGAGGAUGAGGAUCAUGAAAAGUUCAGAUGCAAUUGGCUUAGCCCCUCGAGCUAUGGAGAAGUGCCGAAACCGAACUUAGAACAAUAACUACCAAAAUUAUGUUUGUGUAAAGAUCAAUUCUCUUGGAAGAAUUCCAAUGGGGUCUUGCUCUAGAAAGGCUGGAAACAAAGCUUUAAUUUGGACUCUAAAGUCUUCAAAUUGUAUUAUAUUAAUACUUGUGUUGAGUGUAACUAGAAGAGUGACGCCAUUUUGGCACAAGACAUG